UACCGGCUCCCCGGUACUGCGCAUGCUCAGUAGCAGGUCGUCUCCUUCAUCCUGCCCUGUCUCCAGCAGCUCCGCUAAGCUAAGCUAGGCUAACUGUCAUCAGCUGCUCAGAGGGCACGCGCCAGGCUUGGACAACCGCCAUAGGAAUCACUUCUUCUGCACCGCACAAUGGCUGUCCCUCCAUCGUACUCGGACCUCGGCAAGGCCGCCAAGGACAUCUUCAGCAAGGGCUACGGUUUUGGUCUUGUGAAGCUGGACCUGAAGACCAAAUCUCACAGUGGAGUGAUGGAGUUCAACACAGCCGGCUCCAGUAACAUGGAUACUGGGAAGGCUUCUGGGAACCUGGAGACCAAGUACAAGAUGAAGGAACUGGGCCUGAGCGUCGGUCAGAAGUGGAACACCGACAACACGCUGACCACCGAGGUCACAGUGGAGGACCAGCUCGCUCAUGGACUCAAGGUUGGACUGGAUACAUCUUUUGUUCCCAACACAGGGAAGAAAAGUGGCAAACUGAAAACAGGCUACAGGCGGGACUACGUGAACCUGGGCUGCGACGUGGACUUCGAGGGACCCAUCAUCCACACCGCUGCUGUACUGGGCUACGAAGGCUGGCUGGCUGGCUACCAGAUGGCCUUCGACACCGCCAAGUCCAAACUGGCCCAGAACAACUUUGCCCUGGGCUACAGGACCGGAGACUUCCAGCUGCACACCAACGUUAACGAUGGAACAGAGUUUGGUGGCUCCAUCUACCAAAAGGUGAAUGACGAGCUGGAGACCGCGGUCACUCUGGCCUGGACCGCCGGCAGCAACAACACCCGCUUCGGCAUCGCCGCCAAAUACAAGCUGGACAAAGACUCGUCCCUGUCGGCCAAAGUGAACAACGCCAGUUUAAUAGGAGUAGGCUACACCCAGUGCCUCCGACCAGGUGUCAAGGUAACUCUCUCAGCCCUCAUUGACGGGAAGAACUUCAACGCCGGUGGACACAAAGUGGGUCUGGGCUUCGAGCUGGAGGCGUAAGGAGGAGCCUCCGUCGUCAGCGCCACCUUCAUGCAGCUCCGUCUCUCUGGACUCUUCGCCUCCACCAGUCGCACUCCUGACAAGAAUUGUCGAGUCUGAAUGUUGAGGUGGAGCUGGAAGUGGCGUGCGUCGAUGACCGGUCUAUUUAUUUCCCUGUAGGUCUUGAACGAUGUCGUUAGUGUUUGUGUAGCUCAUCACAGCUGUUGUACCUUGAAGCAUGUGAGAAUGACGAUGGAGGCGGAGCUUAAAGCCUUUUCCGUUAGUUCAAAAGGUGCAUAGUGUUCGUUUUUACCUCAGUUUGACACUUUCACAUUUAGACCAUCAGCGUUUACUGGAGGAGACCAGAGUCCUGCUCCGGAGAAAUCAACGUGGUGGGAUCUUCUGCUGACGCUUGUGGUUAGUUUGCAUUUCUCAUCUCGGAUCAGGACUUUACAUCUAGUGGCCUCUGUCUCCGGAGGACAGUUCCUGACGUCUCAGAUCUGUGUCCAUAUUGUCCCGGAGCGGGUCCAGUCCAACGCUGGAUGACACCACUUAGUUCCUACAUCAGUGUUUUUCACCUCAUCAUGUUUUUAGAGUAAUAAAAGUUCGUUUUUGUUUAUCAUGUAGACACGUACCUCUUUUUUUCAAAUGUGC